AAGUGACGUUGUGUAUUGUGGCUAGUUUCAUACUGUGCAAGUCACCAUCUCGAAAAAGUACUGCAAUAGUAUUAUUUAUUAGAAAGACUGCUCCGUUAAAUUAAUAACUGAAAUCAAUGUCGAAAAACUGGAAGUGUUACGUAUAAAUCCAUCGUGAAACAAAAUGAAAUUGUGGCUAGUAGUAGCUCAUAUUGUACUAGUUGCCACAAAUGUAUGGGUGACGGCACAUUUCCACGAAGAACUUCCAGAAGACAAUGAAUUUGCUGAAUUUGAAGACUUUGAAGAAGAGAAGCCAACUCAGUCGAUUAAUGAUCAUGGCACAGAAUAUUUUAAAGAAUCAAAUAGUAACCAAGAUUUUGAAGAAGAAGAUGUUUUGAUCGUUGAUAAUGAUAGCGAAUUCGAUCACUUUGAUGAAGAAGAGUUCGAAGGGGUAGAUGCUGCUGGUACAAAUAAUGGCCCAAAAACUGAUGAACCCUCUACAUUAACAAUUACAAAAAUACCGCUACAUUUGCGUGCAAGAUGGGACAGCUUUUACUUGGAAAUACUAAUGAUCAUUGGGCUAUUAGUCUACUUCAUUAAUUAUGUAGCAGGUCGUUCCAAAAAUGCUCGCAUAGCAGAAAUGUGGUUAGUGGAGCAUAAACAGAUGUUACUCGAUAACUUUUCUCUCGUCGGUGAUACAGGAAAAUCAAACGAAGACAUAACCGAGAAUGGUUUAGUAAAAGAAAGUCAAUCGCACUACAGUUUAUAUUGUUCAGGACGAGUUGGUUGCGAUUCCAUGUUAAUCGAAUUAAAAUUAAUUAAGAGACAAGAUUUAGUAGCAGUGUUAGCGCAACUUGUGCGACCUCAAAAUGAUCAAGCACUUAUACGUAUAGAAUUAGCAAAAGAUGAAACAGAUAACUUUGUGCUAGCGGUAGCUACGAAACGAACCGCGAUUCAUUUAACGCGCGAUAUGGCUGAUAUCAGCGUCUUCUGUCCAGAAAAAAGGCCAGGAGAAAAAUUUGGUCUUCCACCAGGGUUUUAUGUAAUGUCUGAAAUUGCCGAAGCCGCAUCUGCUAUUUUAGACACGAGAGUUUUACAAGCAUUUACGAAGUUUGCGCCGUAUAUAGAUUAUAUACAUAUUAGUGACCAAUUUAGCGGCCCCAAGCAACAAGAAGAUACAACUCAAUUAACAAUGCCCGAAGUAAAGAGAGUUUUACUUGUGGGACUGAAUAUCAGUAUUAAAGGGCGCACUACUAAUGCAGAAGGACAAGAAAAAUUGAAACUUCUUUUGCAACUAACAUUUUAUUUGUUAGAUAAAUUACGUCGUUUCAAGCUAUCUAAAGAGGGUAAAAGUAAAGCAGAUAAGAAUAGAUUGAGAGUGGAGGAAGCAUUCUUAAAAACAACUCAUGCCGCUAGAGCCGAAGCGGCCGCGCAGCGAAGAGAAGAACGUCGCAGGGCCGAAAAGGAACGUAUCUUACAGGAAGAAGACCCUGAUAAACAAAGAAAGUGGGAAGAAAAAGAGCAACGAAGACUUACUAAAAAGAGAGCACCUAGAAUGAAGCAGCUUAAGGUGAAAGCAUUAUGACCUGAUACAGUUAAUUAUACAGAAAUCAUUGAAACAUUUAAAGAGCCAUGAGUUGCUCGAUCAAACUGCCCAUUUAAUUUAACUUGUCUAGUAAAUCUAUAUUUCAAUCAUAUUCAUACUUCUCUUGGAGUCAUCAAAAUUUCAUUAAUCAAUUUUCAUUCAAAUUUUACAACAAAAAUCUAUAACUAAGUAUAACAUGCUUCAAAUUCAUCUCUGGAUAGUUAAUUAAUUAUAUAUAAAUAUAUAUAAACUUACUACUUUGUUUUCCUGUUAAUAAUAUAUCACUACUGUUAUAUAUUUAUUUGACGAUAUAAACAAUAUAACUUUUUAAAUGUCAUAUGUAUUGAAUAUAUGAUUUAUAAUUUAAAAUGAAUUUUGCUUUUAUGAGAAUAUUAGAUAUAUAUAACUGUUGUUUCUAAGCAAUAUUAACAGUAUUUAUUACACAAUUUAUUAUUUAAAUCUAUCUUUUUGUGUGGCAAUCUUAUAGUAUUACAUUUUUAUAAUACAAGUAAAAAACAGAAUUAAUUUUCUGAGUGGUAUUUUUCUUAUUUACUAUUAUUAUUAUUAUUAUUAUUAUAAACCAUAUUGAUUUCACCCACUUUUCAUAUUUCAUGAAAUGCAUUUUUAUCAUUUCUUAUUUUUUUCGAUAUGAUAAUCCUCCAUUGAGCAUUGAAAUGUGGAUUAUUAUUAUUAUUAUUAUUAUUAUUAUUAUUAUUAUUAUUACAUGUAUGAAAUUUUCAAGAAAUAUGAAAAUACUAACAUAUAAAUCCAAUAUCAGCAUCAUAUUUAUAUUUAUUUAACCAUUUAGUAUUAAAUAUAAUAUUAAACAUUAUUUCAGUGUAUAUGAAAUGGAGAUGUAUUUGUAAAAUUUUGUUUCAACCUUGUAUUUUGAUUAAAUACUGUUCCGUCCCGGAAUUUUAUUGUCAAUCG